AUGGUAAUUACGAGAGUCAAGGGUUACAUAUUUGAUAGAUUGAAAUUAUCUGCAAUAGAGAAUACUGGCCUAGAAAAACUCCUUACAAUUAGCCUGAGGAAAGAACUUCGACAACGAAACCUCGACUCGAAAGAAGUGGAGGAAGACCUGGUUACUCUUGUAAUAAUUCAUUCAGAUAUGGAUUCUUUGAAUGCUAUAUUUGGUGUUGAUAACUUGGUCUGCAUGUCAGGCUCAGGUUCCGACCAUGUUCAGAUUGGAACCUUCACUAACAGCAUCUCAAUUAACCAGAAAUCAAUUAGACCCCUUCUCAAAAUAAGCCACAAUGUAGAGUACAAAAUUAACGACGUGAAUUUUUCAAAGAACAUCAUUUCAAACCACACUACGCAGGGAAGGACAAUUGAGCAACAUUAUGGAAGUAAAAUCGAAGCCAAUUAUUUUUCAAUAAAAGAUGUCAACAUUGUCAGUGAUGAAGAUGAACUGGCGUUUAAUUAUUUGUAUGUUAUUGACGGGCAGCAUGUUAUAUCAACGACGAUAUAG